CGCGGGCAGGGGGAUACGCAGCUGAGGUGGGGCUCGAAACCUGCCACUUCAGUCAGGCGGUGCCGCUACUGUUGCAGCGGGGCCGGGCGCGCGCCCGGCUGACGGAGAACCGGGCAUAGCUGGGCGGCGGGCGCCGCGGGCCGGGGCACGCCAGAUGAUGGAUUUGGAUGAUCUUCUAUGAAGAAAUGCCACGUGGUCCAAAAGCAAACAUGUCCAGGCUUCUGCCACCUUAGGAGACUAGGACUUGGUGACAUUGCUUCCUGGGGAAUCAGGUGUGGUCUGACCCAGGAACAAGAAGCACAUCCUCACAAAUGACAUCAUGACAGCAAGAGAGCACAGCCCUCGCCAUGGCGCAAGGGCCCGUGCAAUGCAACGGGCUUCCACCAUUGAUGUGGCAGCCGACAUGCUGGGCCUGUCUCUGGCAGGAAACAUACAAGAUCCAGAUGAACCCAUUUUAGAAUUCAGCCUAGCUUGCAGUGAGUUGCAUACGCCAUCGCUAGAUCGAAAACCAAAUAGUUUUGUAGCAGUGAGCGUCACCACCCCUCCUCAGGCGUUCUGGACGAAGCAUGCACAGACAGAGAUCAUUGAGGGAACCAAUAAUCCUAUAUUUCUGAGCAGCAUUGCCUUCUUUCAAGACUCUCUUAUCAAUCAGAUGACACAAAUCAAAUUAUCUGUAUAUGAUGUCAAAGAUAGAUCUCAGGGAACAAUGUAUUUACUUGGCUCUGGAACAUUCGUUGUCAAAGACCUGCUCCAGGACAGGCAUCACAGGUUACACUUAACACUAAGGUCUGCAGAGAGUGAUCGUGUGGGCAACAUCACCGUGAUCGGCUGGCAGAUGGAGGAGAAGUCAGAUCAGCGGCCCCCUGUGACCCGGUCUGUAGACACUGUCAAUGGCAGGAUGGUUCUGCCUGUUGAUGAGAGUUUGACUGAGGCCCUGGGAAUCCGAUCCAAAUAUGCCUCACUGCGUAAAGACACUUUACUGAAGUCAGUGUUCGGGGGCGCCAUCUGCCGUAUGUAUCGGUUCCCUACCACCGAUGGCAACCAUCUGCGGAUCCUGGAGCAGAUGGCGGAGAGUGUGCUUUCCCUACACGUGCCCCGGCAGUUUGUGAAGCUCCUGCUGGAAGAAGACGCGGCCAGAGUCUGUGAGCUGGAGGAAUUGGGGGAGCUCUCCCCUUGCUGGGAGAGCCUCAGGCGCCAGAUCGUCACCCAGUACCAGACAGUGAUCCUCACAUACCAGGAGAACCUGAGCGACCUCCAUCAGUACAAAGGUCCCUCAUUUAAAGCAAGCAGUUUGAAAGCAGAUAAAAAGUUAGAAUUUGUUCCCACAAACCUGCAUAUACAAAGGAUGAGAGUUCAAGACGAUGGCGGAUCAGAUCAGAACUACGACAUUGUCACCAUUGGAGCACCAGCAGCACACUGCCAAGGUUUUAAAUCAGGAGGUCUCCGCAAAAAGCUGCACAAAUUUGAAGAGACCAAGAAACAUACAUCUUCUAGCUGCCAGUCCAUAAUCUACAUACCACAGGAUGUCGUCAGAGCCAAGGAGAUCAUUGCCCAGAUCAACACCCUGAAAACCCAAGUUAGUUACUAUGCAGAGCGGCUCUCAAGGGCGGCCAAGGACAGGUCUGCCACUGGCCUUGAGAGGACACUUGCCAUCUUGGCAGACAAGACCCGGCAGCUGGUCACAGUCUGCGACUGCAAACUGCUGGCCAAUGCGAUCCAUGGCCUGAACGCUGCACGGCCUGACUACAUCGCCUCCAAGGCUUCCCCCACCUCGACAGAGGAGGAGCAGGUGAUGCUUCGGAACGACCAGGACACCCUCAUGGCCAGGUGGACAGGGAGGAACAGCAGAUCUUCCCUGCAGGUGGACUGGCACGAGGAGGAAUGGGAGAAAGUGUGGCUGAACGUGGACAAGAGCCUGGAGUGCAUCAUCCAGCGGGUGGACAAGCUGCUGCAGAAGGAGCGUCUGCAUGGCACGGGCUGUGAGGACGUCCUCCCCUGCGCAGGCAGCUGCACCAGCAAGAAAGAUUGCAGCCCCCCUCCUGAAGAGUCCAGCCCAGGUGAAUGGAGCGAGGCUCUUUACCCACUGCUGACCACCCUCACAGACUGCGUGGCCAUGAUGAGCGACAAGGCUAAGAAGGCCAUGGUCUUCCUGCUCAUGCAGGACAGCGCCCCCACCAUCGCCUCCUACCUGAGCCUGCAGUACCGCCGCGACGUGGUCUUCUGCCAAACCCUCACCGCACUCAUCUGCGGCUUCAUCAUCAAGCUGAGGAACUGCCUGCAUGACGACGGCUUCCUGCGGCAGCUCUACACCAUCGGGCUGCUGGCGCAGUUCGAGAGCCUGCUGAGCACCUACGGUGAGGAGCUGGCAAUGCUGGAGGACAUGAGCCUUGGGAUCAUGGACUUGAGGAAUGUGACCUUUAAAGUCACACAGGCCACUUCUAAUGCAUCAACUGACAUGCUGCCCGUCAUCACAGGAAAUCGCGAUGGGUUUAACGUGCGGAUCCCUCUGCCAGGUCCACUGUUUGACGCCCUGCCCCGGGAGAUCCAGAGUGGCAUGCUGUUGCGGGUGCAGCCUGUCCUCUUCAAUGUGGGCAUCAACGAGCAGCAGACGCUGGCUGAGAGGUUUGGUGAUACCUCUUUACAGGAAGUUAUCAACGUGGAGAGUUUGGUGCGAUUAAAUUCCUACUUUGAACAGUUCAAGGAAGUUUUGCCUGAGGAUUGUCUACCUCGAUCCCGAAGUCAGACCUGUCUGCCAGAACUGCUGCGGUUUCUGGGUCAGAACGUCCAUGCCCGGAAGAAUAAGAACGUGGACAUCCUCUGGCAAGCUGCCGAGAUCUGCCGCCGCCUUAACGGGGUCCGGUUCACCAGCUGCAAGAGUGCCAAGGACCGCACGGCCAUGUCGGUGACGCUGGAGCAGUGCCUGAUCCUGCAGCACGAGCACGGCAUGGCCCCGCAGGUCUUCACGCAGGCCCUGGAGUGCAUGCGCAGUGAGGGUUGUCGGAGAGAAAAUACAAUGAAGAAUGUUGGAAGUCGCAAAUAUGCAUUUAAUUCCCUGCAGCUGAAGGCUUUCCCCAGGCAUUACAGGCCUCCCGAAGGGACUUACGGCAAAGUUGAGACGUGAGCACGGUGUCCUCUCAGUAGCUGUUACAGGAUAAAUGUGGGUACCCUCUAGUGUUACACACGAAUUCUUCAAGAAGACCUGAAGGAUUGGUUUUCAUUUUUGUGUUUUUAAAAUAUUUCACUAAAGAGUCUACGGAGCAUGUUUUUUCCGUUGGAGUCCAUAGGAGGUAAUGUGUGGCUCAGUAGUGGGGAUAGUGAGCAGCACCCAGUUAAUUAGCCUCCAGCUGUCACCACCUGGCAGGCGUCCACAGCUACCUGUAAGCCUCCAGCUAGGUUUGUCUGGAAUGCCAGAAGACUUUUUCAGAUGCCCAUGUAGGCACUGCUCACCUAACUUAUUUUUCUACUGAGUAACUUAGAAGUGAGCACUGAAUUAUAAUCUACUUUUAAAAAAUCUGAAUGUAAAACAGUAAAACAAUCAGACCCCAGGCAGAAAAAUAAAUGUUAACUCAUAUUUUCGGGAAAAGACGCUAGUUGUUCUCAUGCAGUGAGGACGGCGGCUCCAGUGAGUCACCUGCGCCACCACCACCUGGAAAACCCAGAGGCGAAAGACCAGUCAGCCCACCUGAGGUGAAACCCCUGCCAGGGAGCCCACACCUCGGGCCACUCUUCUCUCCAUCCCACACAAGCUCCAGAACAGGUGUCGCUUGAGACAUGAAGCUAGCAGUGAGGUCCCUGUCACUGUCCCUGUUGUAGUCUCUGCUCCUAGGGCCCACAGCACACAUCUCCCUUUAUUACCCAACUGAGGACCUUAAACGUGGUGUGUCUGAUGUCUGAGGAACAACACUCCAGUGGGGAAUUGGGGACUGUAGAGUAGUGGAUACCUGAAUAUUCUCAGAUUUUGCGGGAUAUCCUGUAGGUCUUCUGCGAGACAAUACAAUCAUGUCUGAAUAUCUGACAAAGUGUCUUACUUUUAGGUUUGCAAUAAUUGUUACUUUCCUCUUCUCAUUCUGUUAUGUAAGAUGACUAUUGAGAAACAGUUGAAAGUAUCUCCUCAAAUGAGAUUUUGAAAGGGAUUUAUGGGCCAGGAAACUUAGGAAUUUCAUAGAAAUUAUGUCUUGUCAUCUUAUAAAAGGUGACGAUGAGUCUUUCUGCACUUAGCAGAGUUGUUUUUCUUUAGGAGUUUAUGUGUUUUAUCGAUUCUGUUGUUUCUUACGAUUAUGUUUACAUGUUAUUUAAGAGGCUGUAAAAGAAAUAUAUAUGGCACAUAUUAAUGAUUCUGAUUCUAAUGAUUUGUAAACACCUUGGAAAUAUCUUAAGUCUAGAAGUCUAGAUAUAUUCUUGUCUCCUUGAGAAAUGUCCAGUAGAGUCACUGGGCCUGGGGCAUUGAGGCACAGGCAGGACCAGUCCUUGGCAGGGACACAGAGGAGUGGGCAUAAGGUAGGGUGGAACUGGGUGACCCUCUGGGCCUUUCCUACUCAGAAGUCAGGUGCUAACAGAGCUCACUGUCUCCUGGUGCCAGCGGGGAGGGAGAAGUGAGCUGGUGUGUGGAGGACACUAAUGAGGGGUGCUUGUGGCUGACUGCCCCUCCCUCGAUGCUAGUUCAUGGUGGAGGGAGAGUGGCAGAGAAACUCUUGUCCACCAACCCCCCCCACACACAGGUGGCUAUUCAGCUAGCAUCAGAUUCUCCUCUUUAAGUGUCACUCCCUAUUCAAAGGCACCCUCUCCACCAUUUCAUUUAAUUUGUAAGUUUUUAGUUCCAUUCUUUCUCAUUUCAACCUUUUGAAAAACUUUGUUUUUCUUUUAAUUAAAUGUUACCCAUAUUGUUUUCUGCCCUUCUUUUUGUCCAAAGAGCAUUAACUAUCUGCAUUUAUAAAGGGACUAUGGCAAAUGUUGACUCAUCUGUCAGCAGUUUUGCAUGUGGCACCUUUAUGUGAAUUUUCUUCCCAAGUUCUGCUUUAUGUUAUGGGUCGUCAUAACUCUUAAGGAGAUUCAGGCAUCAGGAUCCUCUCUGGAGGCACUGUGCCUGGCUCCCAGGGGCAUCGCUGCACAGCCAGGGUGCCAGCAGCUGGAGGAGGAGGAGCCCAGUGUGGCUGUGUGGGGCAGGCGCCAUUACAGGUCACCAUGCAGCAGCAUUCCACCCACUGCACCUCCCCGAGCCACUUGAAAGAGAAAUGUCCAGAUGUGGGACAGUUGGAAAUGUCACAGGGUUUCUGUCAGAGCUCCUGCAGCACAGUUGCCUUUAGUUUCCUUUGAAGAUGUAAAAACAUUGUAUAAUACAGUUUUGUCCCCACACAGUUGUAUUUGCCAAGCUUAGUGCAUUAAAAUACUUUUAUUUAUUUGUUUUGGGCAGUAUUAAUAUAUAAACAUACAGUUACUGUUUUAUAUAUUCUUAGCUCAUUCGAAGCCAUGUAUGCUGUAAAUGUGCUAGUCCUUAGAAUGACAAUAAAUCACUGACAAGAACACA